UCCAAUUACGAGCUGUACCUGGCUUUCUCCGAGGGAGGCCGCCCCAAUCGAACCCGUCACUUCUCCGUUCCUCGCCUUCCCUUCCCCCUCCCCCUCCCCCUCGCCUCUGCUUCGCGCGUUCGCCAUCUUCAACUCUUCAAUCUUCACCUUCGAAUUCCCUUCUUUUUGUUCGCGUUCGCGUCUUUUGACUUCGAAACUGAAUUCGCUAUCUUCAUCAUCAAGGUCGUGUCUACUCUUCGUGUUCGUGAACUUGUGGUUGCUCGGCUUCGCCGCUGCUCUCAAGGAGUCCAAUGGACAGAUUAUGCCAGCAAAAAGUACACAAAUUUGAAGAAUUUGUUGAUCAACGGUUGAAACCAGACCUUGUUCGUGCUAUUGCUGAACGGGACAAGGUCUUCGAACAGCAAAAAGUUUUCUCUGAUUUGAGGAGGAAUAUUGAGAACCUGGAGAAAAAUAGUGUGACUAGUCUUAAAACAUUAGUCAAUAUCGGGUCUGAGGUGUACCUACAGGCAGAAGUGCCUGAUACGCAGCAUAUAUUCGUGGAUAUAGGGCUGGGAUUCCACGUGGAGCUUACUUGGUCUGAAGCUCUGAAUUAUAUAAAACAAAGGGAAGAAAGGAUAAAAAGACAAUUGGAGGAGUAUACACAACUAAUUGCUUCAAUCAAAGCCCAGAUCAAGCUGGUUUGUGAAGGUAUUCGAGAGUUGCUUCAACUUCCAGCAGAGAAGCCUUUGCCGGAGCGCAUAUUUGAUGCUAACAAAUAUAUAUACAAAUUGCUUCUGAAAAAGAAAUGUCAAGCAGAACAGAGUUGGGAAAGAUUGCGCCUUUUUCCUGACCAUAUAGUGAAUUUUCAUAUCCAUCUUGUUGCUUGUGGUCUAAAUGCUCAAUUGUGAAGAUUUGGAAAUUGAAACAUGACUAGACACGUUGAUGAAAAUAGUCCAAGUGUCUGUUUAGAUUUUAAUUUACAUUUGGUAAAAGUAUAUUUAGAAAAUUUAA